CCCUCUCCCAUCCCCUGCUCCUUCCUUUCUUCCUCCUCCCUCCCUCCCGCCUGCCCGCACCAUGGAGUUUACGGAGAGGAAGAGAAGCAGGAAAUCCCAAAGCUUUAAACUGAUAAAUCAAGAUUACCAUCACGAGAUAUAUAAGAUCUCUGACUACAGCAAUGAUGUUAAUGGGGAGACCAAAGAAACACAACCGUUUUUUUUAGGAGAUGAAAGCCGGGAAAUUAAAAAACAAAUUACAGGGAUGAGAAGAUUACUGAAUGACAGCACUGGAAGAAUCUAUCAGCGAGUUGGCAAAGAAGGAGAAAAACUGAAGGAGGAGCCCCAGGAAUUAGACGUAGCCUGGGCCCAGCGCCUGCACCCCCCUGCAGAGUCCCAGACAAGCCUUCAUGCUUCCCAGAGUGGUGCUUGGAAUGAAUUGCCUCCCCAGGCUAGCCAUUUUCCAGGGCAAUAUGGAACUCGGUCCAAAACAUUCCAAAAUCAGACACGAGCCGCAGCAUCCAAUGGAGAAAUUCCAAUGGUGAAUUCAUCAGUUGGACCAAACUGCUGUACAUGCAACUGCCAGUCAACUCUACAGGCUAUUCUACAAGAGCUCAAGACCAUGAGAAAGUUGAUGCAGAUUCAAGCAGUUGGGACUCAAAACAGACAGCAGCCCCCUAUUCCUCUGAUCUGUGCGCAAAAGUCGACAAUAUCAAGAAAGAGAAAUAAAAAGAAAAAACUGCCCCUCAAAGCUGCUGAUCCAAUUGUAAUGAACAAGAAACCCAGCGCUGGUGAGGGUGAAAAGAAGCUUUUGGCAAACUCUGAACGGCCAAGUCUGCAAGCAGUAGAACCCUCUCUGAAACUGGAGACCCCUGUUUCAGGGUUUGGAAUUAUCCUUGAAUCAGCUUCAUCAGAUCCAGAAGUGCAACUUGCGGAAGGCUUUGAUGUCUUCAUGCCCAAAUCUCAGCUGGACUCUAUAUUAUCAAACUAUACUCGCUCAGGAAGCCUGCUGUUUAGGAAGCUGGUGUGUGCAUUUUUUGAUGAUGAGACUUUGGCUAACUCUUUACCCAACGGCAAAAGGAAAAGAGGGCUCAAUGACAACCGAAAAGGACUAGACCAAAAUAUUGUGGGUGCAAUAAAAGUCUUUACAGAAAAAUACUGCACUGCUAACCAUGUGGAUAAACUUCCCGGGCCUAGGGACUGGGUUCAGAUUCUUCAGGAUCAAAUCAAACUGGCAAGAAGACGAUUAAAAAGAGGCUCAGCAGAGGCAACUGACUGUGAUGAGAAGCCGGACAUUUCUCUACUACAAACAGGUAACCUUUUUGACAUGACGACAGACAGUCUGCUAGACACAAACCCAGAUUUCUCGGCUUAAGUCCUCCGCUCUGCGUC